CCACCUUUUGGAGAAAUGCUGGCCCGUGCCACAAUUUAUUUUGUGGGUAUGUUCUACAUGUUCCUGGGUGUCUCUAUCAUCGCAGAUCGCUUCAUGGCAUCAAUCGAAGUCAUCACCUCACAAGAAAAGGUGAUCACAUUCAAGAAAUCCAAUGGUGAAAUCUGUACCGCCACUGUGCGAAUCUGGAAUGAAACGGUUUCCAACCUGACUCUCAUGGCACUGGGAUCUUCUGCACCAGAGAUCAUGCUCUCCGUGGUGGAGGUGUGUGGACAUGAAUUUGAUGCUGGAGAGCUGGGUCCCAAUACAAUUGUGGGUAGUGCGGCCUUCAAUAUGUUUGUCAUAAUUGGCCUGUGUGUGUCCGUCAUCCCCGAUGGAGACCACCGCAAGGUCAAGCACCUGCGGGUGUUUUUUGUCACGGCUUUCUGGAGUAUCUUUGCUUACACCUGGCUGUACCUGAUCCUGGCGGUCAUCUCCCCAGGUGUGGUGCAGGUGUGGGAAGGUUUGCUUACACUUUUUUUCUUCCCCAUUUGUGUGCUUUUUGCAUGGGUGGCUGAUCGCAGACUCUUGUGUUACCAUUAUGUGCCCAAACGUUAUCGCCUGGGCAAGCGGAAGGGCGUAAUCAUUGAGACAGAGGGUGAGGCAGAGGUCCAAUCAAAAGCAGACAUUGAGAUGGAUGGACAGAUGUUAAACUCACAUACGGAGGAGGUCUUGGAUGGGAUUGAGAAAGAGAUGGAUGAAGAAGAGGUCCGGAUGGAAAUGGCUCGGAUCCUGAAAGAGCUGAAACAGAAGCAUCCGGAAAAGGAGAUGGAGCAACUCAUUGAGCUCGCCAACUAUCAGGUGCUCUGUCAGCAGCAAAAGAGUCGCGCUUUCUACCGCUGCCAAGCAACCAGGCUCAUGACUGGGUCUGGAAACAUGCUGAAGAAGCAUGCAGCAGACCAGGCUAGGAAAGCUAUUGGCCAUCACGAGAUGCGCUCCGUGGUGUCUGACAGUGAUCUCUCCUCAAAGGUUUUCUUUGAUCCCAGCACAUAUCAGUGUUUAGAGAACUGUGGGAAAGUGGCUCUUAAUGUAGUGCGACGAGGUGGUGACUUGACAAGCACUGUGUCAGUGGACUACUGCACUGAAGACGGCACAGCCAAUGCUGGGUCUGACUACCAGUUCACUGAAGGCACCGUCAUCUUCAGGCCAGGUGAAACGGAAAAGGAGAUCCGAAUUAAUAUUAUUGAUGAUGACAUCUUUGAAGAAGACGAGCAUUUUCUCGUGCACCUCAGUAAUGUGCGAGUGAUUUCUGCGAGCUCAGAGGCAAUCUCAUAUUCAGACAUCAACCACACAGAGACACCAGCCUGCCUUGGUCUGCCCUCAACAGCUACGGUCACAAUCUUUGAUGAUGACCAUGCUGGAAUCUUUACAUUUGAGGAGUCAACGGUUAAUAUCAGUGAAAGCAUUGGCAUGAUGGAGGUGAAAGUUGUUCGUACUUCAGGUGCCCGUGGAGUAGUGGUGGUGCCCUACAAGACGAUAGAGGGCACAGCUAAAGGGGGUGGUGAAGACUUUGAAGAUACACAUGGAGUGCUGGAGUUCCAGAAUGAUGAAAUUGUCAAAACUUUUCAAAUCAAUAUAAUCGACGAUGAGGAGUACGAAAAGAACAAGAACAUGUUCAUCGAGCUCGGAGAGCCCCAGAUAGUGGAGAUGAGUGAGAGAAAAGCUGUGCUUCUAAAUGAGCGUGGUGCAUUUGUGAAGACAGGCAAACAGCUUUAUGACAGGGACAUCUACCGGAAAGUGCAGGGCCGAGAUAACUACAUCCCCACCACCAUUAUCAACAUAGCAGAGAAAAGAGAUGAGGUGACCCUGUCCAAGAAAGAGGAAGAGGAGCGACGCAUUGCAGAGCUCGGGCAGCCCAUGCUGGGGGAGCAUGUCAAACUGGAAGUGAUCAUAGAGGAGUCCUAUGAAUUUAAAAGCACAGUGGACAAACUGAUAAAGAAAACCAACCUGGCCCUUGUAGUUGGCACUAACAGCUGGAGAGAGCAGUUUGCAGAGGCAAUUACUGUCAACUCUGGGGAUGAUGAUGAGGAGGAUGACAAUGGUGAAGGAGGCAAACCCCCCUCGUGUUUUGACUAUGUCAUGCACUUCCUAACCGUCUUCUGGAAGCUUCUGUUUGCUUUUGUGCCACCCACUGAUUACUGGAAUGGCUGGGCAUGCUUUGUGGUGUCCAUUGUCAUGAUCGGGCUGCUCACAGCUGUCAUUGGUGAUCUGGCUUCUCACUUUGGCUGUACCGUUGGCCUGAAAGAUUCGGUGACAGCAGUGGUUUUUGUUGCCCUAGGAACCUCUGUACCAGAUACAUUUGCCAGUAAAGUUGCUGCUGUCCAGGAUCAGUAUGCAGAUGCCUCCAUUGGCAAUGUCACUGGGAGCAAUGCUGUCAAUGUCUUCUUGGGCAUUGGUGUCGCAUGGUCCAUUGCUGCCAUUUACCAUACAGCAAAAGGGAGAGAAUUCCGGGUGGAUCCUGGAACACUGGCUUUCUCUGUCACACUCUUCACCAUCUUUGCCUUCAUCGCCAUUGGUGUCCUCAUGUACAGACGUCGACCUGAAAUUGGGGGGGAACUUGGAGGCCCACGAAUCCCCAAGAUCAUCACCACCACCCUGUUCUUCAGCCUGUGGCUCAUGUAUAUCAUUUUCUCCUCUCUAGAGGCCUAUUGCAUCAUUAAGGGGUUUUGAAGCAGUUCACUGCAGACAGAGGAGUGACGAUUGGGAUGAUAAGGACACAGGACAACAAUUUGACAAAAUGACAAAUAUAAGCAUAUAGUAAUAUUGAUGUUACAAAAUAUGAGUAAUAGACCUACUUCUUGAUUUUGUUGUUCACAUUUGAAAUGUUGUUUUACUUACUACUGACGUUGUUUAUGAGAUUUUGAUGGGAGUAUGUUCUCAAAAUAGUAGCUGUAGUGGUAAUAUACUUAGAAUAGUAUUAUAGAGGAUGUGUAGUGUUUCGAAAAUAUGACAACUAUUAUUAUCCACAGAUCCAAUACAGUAUCUGGGUGGUGUCCAUCAACAAGGAGGCUUCAGUCUAGAUGACAUUUUGUAGUGCAUUUAAUAGCCUGCCAAAUACAAAAAAAACAAACAUUAAAAGCAAAUUGGGAAGCAUUUGACUAUUGUUUGCAGUAAAUUGAUUAAACUACUGGUCACAUGGUCUGGAUGGUGGGACUCUGCUCAAAGGACUGUGUUUUCUAUUCACCUUUUUCUAUUCAUUCUUCCUCAUGGAAGAGAUUUCAAAAGAACAAAACUCCUAGAGACUCUAUUGAACCAAAGUCCUUAUAGGCAAGACGUCCCACCUCUUGGCGGCCAUCUUGGUAGCGGCUUGGUCAGAGACAUAAUGGACCGGACAUAUAAGGCAUGUCCGGUCCACAUUUGCUAAUUUAACAGGAUGAUUUUGUGAUCAGAGGCCAGGCGUAUUGUUCAAAAGGGUUGUUCUCAUGUCUCUUAAUCAGUCAUGGGUGUGUUUUACUGUAGGUAUUACAUCCUUAGUUUAAACCAAUGAGAGUGGCAAUGAGAGUGAGCGAACAGCGCAGCAUCAAAAGGUCGGUAUUUUGACAGUCAGUACGUCUGAAGGAAUCUGCUUGGACGAUUCCACUAAUACUUGCUAGUGUGUGACUAGCAGAGUAUAGCCUUCAUGCAUCUGCACUCACCUAUUAUUUAAACUUAUGGGCAAACUGAACUGAAACUAACUUCAUGUGGCACUCUCACUAUAAUCUGACAAGGGGUUACUAUUGAAAAAAGUAGCCUGAAAAAAAGGAAUACUUGCCCCAAUAAUGUUCGAUGACAGAAUAAAAAUCUUAAGGUUAUUUAUCCUGAAGAGCCAUUGCCUGGGACUCAUUCCUAAGGGCUGCUUACAUCUCGUGACAGUGCGUCUUUACCGUUGUGCUUUUCACUAGGUUCAGGUUCAUGGUCAGUGGCUUAAUGACUUUUAGUGGGUCUAAGAUAAAAACAAGCUUUGCGUCACGCUUGACGCCAAAUUGUGCCGAGUGUAUGAUAUAGCCCUAGGGCAGUUAUUUUGGGCAGCUAUUUUAUAGAUGAUGUCAAUCAUGUCGUUUCCAACAAUGCAGUUGGUUACAUUAUAGGAAGGGGUAGGAUAUGUAGACAACUGCCAUAUUGGCAUUACAAACUAAACCCAUACAUUGCUAUGGAUAUAUUGCUUUGAGUGCUUUGUCUCAUUAUGAAGUCACUGAAUGAACUCACUGAGAGAAUGAAGAGCAAACCACCCAGUGGAUAGUCUAGAAUAGGACAUCAUCUGUUGGCAAUUUAUCUUUAACUCACAAGAAGAUGAUGAGGAAAAUAUAACCUUGAAGGUUAGCAUUCUAAAUGUAUCCUUGGAAAAAACAAUGCCUCAUAAAGAAAUAUCUAUUUUUUUUAACAAAAAACACAUGCCACAAUUAUUGGCACCCCUGUAAUUGAACAGAUGUUAAAGCCUCCCUCCCAUGCCAAUAAAACAGGCCUUAGUCUUCUCUUAUGGCCCUCCAUCAUACUUAUCAAUAGGCAUGGGCUUCUAUGUAUGCCAUGCCAAGUUUUUCAUUUAAUCUCACUAAUACUCACAAUAGUACUCUGGAACUUCAACCUUUUUACAUUUGUAAUUUUGUAAAUGUUGUAAUUAUAUGACUAAGUUUCUUUCUUUCUUUUUUUAUGGAGACUCAAUGACAUUGGUAUUUCUGCCAGCAACAUGGGUCCUCCUUAUCCAGGCAAAUUUGUCACAGGUCUUGUUGACUGGGAUCUAUUCAUUAUUAGUAAAUAGGGCAUUAGUCAUUCCUUCACUUAAAGAGACCAACACACUUUCCCAAACUAAUUUGAAUUGUGUAUUAUCUUGUAUUUUUCAUAGAGAAUGACAUCUGGCAUCUGACCUCUGUGUCACUUUGUUUUUUACCUUAAUGAAACAGGAAGUCAUAUAAUUCUUGAAAGUUUAUAGAGAUUUAGAGAGAUAUAGAGAACAAUCUUACAUUAAGAUAAACAAAUCUAGGUGGUAUUGUUUUCAGUAUGAAGAGACUUACUUACUCUCUGUCCUCUCUCGUCAAAUCAUUAGAUUUGUUGAGCAAAUCAUCUUGAUAAGAUUCCUCAAAAUAAGCCAAACUCAUAUUAGGUAAAUAUGAUUUUUUGAGCGAGCACUGGGUAAAUCUUUUCAAACUAAAAACAACAGCAAAUAGAUUUGUUGAUUUUGAUAUAAGAUUAACAGUUUGUUAUAUCUUAUGCAUUUUUUGGCAGUGAAGUUAAAUGAAAUUGGAGGAAGAGUGUUACAUUUCAUUUACAAUAUUGUCAUGGAGUGCCAGUAAUUGUUACUCACGUGUUUUGUCAAAAAUAUUUAUGUUGCUUUGUUUUUUCUCUGAAUAAAUUUGUGUUUCGUGAA